UUGCUGCUGUCUGUGCUCCUGCAGCGCCAUGGCCGGGCCCGGCAGCUUCCCGCUCGUCGCCCUGCUCCUCAGCCAGUGCCUGGACACCGGGACCAGCAAGGCAGGGCUGAAGCUCUGGGCCGAGGACCCCAUGGCCCUGGGGUCCCCCCUGCAGCUUCACUGCGCCUUCCCGGGCCAGGAGCACAUCACCCUGGUGAGCUGGUGGCACUGGGGCCAGAACUGGAGCCGUGAGGACCUGGCCGUGAUACACCCCACGCAUGGGGCCUACGUGCUCCCCGCUGUCCGGAGCCGCUUGUGGGUCACCAAUGUGUCCGACGACGGGCAGGUGAUACUCACGGUGCACAGCCUGGAUCUCCAGCACAACGACACCCGCUACUGCUGCAAGUUCUCCACCUUCCCCUCGGGUGUGUCGGAGCAGUGCCUGCAGGUCCUGAUCCCCGAGCCUGCCGCUGACCCCUCCCCAGCCCCCCACUCCUUGCGCCGCGCCUUCCUGCGCCCCGACGUGCUGGGGACCCUGGGCGCCGGGGGCUUCUUCCUGCUGGGGAGCGUCCUGCUGCUGGGCUACCUCCUGCGGGAGUGGACAAGGAGGCGGAGGAAGCUGAAGGUCUCUCAUCCCCACCCCGACCUGCCCAGCUCUCAGGAGACCCCCAUAGCUCUGUGGGUGCAGCAGGGGCUGCCGGGCCGGCGCAACUCUUUCUCCGCCCCCUACGUGCUCAUCAACUUGGACUAUUUCACCCCCCAGCCCAGCGCCACGGCCCACGGGGGCCCCCUGCCCCCCCCGGUGCCACCCCGGCCAGGCCGGGACAGAGGGCAGGGCCCGGGGCAGAGCAGGGCCUCGCGGUGGGAGCAGGGGUGUGAGGAGCAGUGCCCAGGCCGCCGGCACAGGACCUGA